GCUUACUCCCAGCCAGCUGCACAUUCUCGUGACCGUGGAAGAAGAAGAUGAAGAUGAAAGAGAAGAGAGCGAAUCUAGAGAGAGAAUAAACUUUGUCCUCUUUCAAUUCAAUUCAAUGAACACUUGUCUUCCUCCGUUGGUCCUGAUUCAACAAUAACAUCCUUUUACAUAAGGGUUUUGACGGAGAUAACUUUACAGAUGCUUUGUGAAUGGGGAAAUCCGAACAACAACUUCCUUUACAGUCCCAUCAAGGGACGGGAUCUGGAAAUGCAUCCAAUUCUUUCUUCUUUACUGAUGAUGAUAGAUGCAUCUUUGGUUGUUCCACAAUCUCAAAGGUGUUCACUUUCAAAUGUAUCUUCGUUUUGUUUUUCGGUAUGGCUGUUCUAAUCUCUGCGAUCUUCUUGCUCAUUCCUCUUCGUUCUAAGUAUUGUGGGUUCGAUGCUAAAGAUUCUACUAAGCUUCGCGCUACCGUUCAAGCUUAUUUUGAAUUGGACAAUCCUGUGGCAUCAAUUAUUCAACAUAUCAAUCAACUUGAAUAUGAGAUCUUUAAUGAAAUUCAAGAUCCUUUCACAAAGGUUGCUGUUCUAUCUAUGCACGAAGGAAUUGAGAUUAACAAAACCAAUGUAGUGUUUGGAUUUCUUCCAAAUCCACCAGAAGUUUCAAUAAACAAUGUCUCCCUUAGUCUAUUGAAGCAAACCGUGCUGGAUCUGUUUAUGGGAGAAUACAAUUUAACUAUCUCGAAAUCUUUUGGGCAACCGUCGUCCUUUGAAAUCCUCAAGUUUCCUUUGGGAAUCACUGUGGACCUCAAUCAAUAUCCUCACUUUGGGAAACUUCCUCAAAUCCUUUUCAAUUUCACUCUAAUUAAUUCUAUUGAUGAGAUUAAGGAAAAUAUUGACGAGCUAAAGAAACAGUUAACGAAGACGUUGCAUCUCAUGCAGUACGAGAACGUCUAUGUGGAGGUAACAAACAAAAUUGGUUCGACUAUAGAUCCUCCAGUUAAGAUUCAAGCGUAUAUAACAUCAGAUUUUGGCAGCCUUUCGCCUCAAAGAUUGAAUCAACUGGCUCAAACAAUAAAGGGAUCCCCUAUUUCAAAGAACCUUGGUUUGAACAACACUGUUUUCGGUAAAGUUAAGGAAAUUAGCCUCGCAUCUCUUUUAAAUCACUCGACCCAUUCUAUGCCUCCCAGCCAUUCACCAUCUCCAUCCCCAUCCAACGGUCCUAAUCCUUCGUCUCGACCUCAUUUUCAUCGUAAUCAUCAUCAUCAUAAUCAUUUGUCACCUUCUAAUAACAAUCAUCAUCACAAUCAUUUGUCACCUUCUAAUAACAAUCAUCAUAAUCAUUUGCCACCUUCUAAUAACAAUCAUCAUGUCCAUCGCGUUUCAAGACCCCCUUCUCCAGCUCCUGUUUCUAACUGUCAUCAUCAUUCUUUUCCUUCACCACCGCCAGCUCGAUCGCAUAAUUCAUUUGCAAUUUCGCCAGCACCUUCGAAAGAUUUGCGAGUGAAGAACCCACCUAGUCCUUCAUAUUCUCAACCAAGUGAAUCUCCUCGCAUAUCCCCAAAACACCCCCCUUUACCCGUUUCCACUUAUAGUUCUAGUCCUAGUCAGAACAGCCCAGUAUCAGCGCCUGUUGCCGCAUCUCCACUAUCGUCCUUUGCUAUACGUCCUAAUUGUGGGGAGAUUUUGUUGUUUGCAUUGCUUUUGACGUUCAUUCUCUUAUGAACAUGGGAAAAGAACUUUGAAAACUUACAAUACAAGUAGUGGAGAGGUUCUGUCAUCGACUUGAGGUAUGCGUGAAAUGGUAAAUUCACACGAAAUGCAGAAACUUAGACGGGUCAAACCCGAGAGAUUGAGGGCAGGCCUCGUUUUUAUUUCUUUCUUUUCUUAUUAGUAGUGCUGCCUCUGCUUGCUACAUUGUAACAUGAUAUGAAGCAGUAGGAUGGGAUGUUCUUCUUCCUAAAGGGGAAUGAGGAUUCAUUCAUUCCUAUGUAUUGCAAAAUGAAAAGGAAGGAAGAAAAAAAAGUGUAAACUCUGAAACCUUAAGUGUACAAAAGAAAUGGUCUUUUUUUUUUAUGUUCAUGGAAAUAUAAAGUAUAAUGUUUUGAAAUGUAAAUGUUGCAAUUUUUC